AUGAGCGGUCGCCCAAAGCGUGACGCUAGCUAUGCUUCAAAUCGCCUAACAAGAGGCAAUGGUCCAGGGGGGCACCUAUUGUCGACAUUCAAUAAGCCCGAAUCCCCCAGCGACACCGAGUCAGAUAUCCAACCCAGUAUCGAAAACCCCACGCAACCAUACGAACCUGCGAUAGAUGAUGCGCCACUUAGCUCGGAAGACGAAGAGGCGUACAAUGAAAGCGAUUCAUUACAAGGUCACAAGAAUGACCGAGCAAACGCAACUAUGGAGCAGAGGCUGGCGGAUGACUACAUAAUCUCGCAGGGAAGCCCGCAGAAUUACAGUGGCUCGGCCCGCAAGACUGGACUGUUGCGCACUAAUAGUGGCAUGAGUGAUGAAGAAAACAAUCCCUAUUUCAUGUCUUCGCAGAGUUCAAAGCGCAAGCGGGCCACGUAUGCGAAACCACAACCACUAUCACGGCAUUCAAGUGUGCGCGAGCCGCCAGCUGCGACUGGCAAAUCCUCGCCAGUCAAAAGAAAGACACCGGACUCCAGCGCUAAGUCGUCCGAGACCAAAGACCCGGAGGAAUCAGAUGAACCUCAAGUGACGUUUAAGAUGCCUAAGGAUCUUCCCUCUUCGAGUCCCAGGAGAUCAUUUGCUGGCAGAAAGAAGAACGGAGCAUCUGAAAACAUGCCCCCUAAUAUCUUGCCCAAUGACUCUUUCUCUUCGUUUGGCACGUUAUCAUCUAAAGAACAGCAGCAGUUACUACAAGACAGCGACUCGUCUCUGAGCAGCCCGCUCAGCUCACCGUCAGGUUCUUUGUACGAGCAGAUGUCACAAUUCGAGCACCAACAAGAAUCACCGCCUGAAAAAGCCCUGUGUCCAAUGUGUAAAGCAGAAGUGGAACGGGAGAUACUAGACUCAUUCGAAGCACAGCCGAAGCAACGUAUCCGUGAACAGCAGCAAUUCUGCGCAUCUCACCAGGAGCGUAGCGCAAUGAAAGAAUGGGAAACGAAGGGAUAUCCCGAAAUCAAUUGGGACACGUUUGACGAGCGACUUCAGCGCCACUUCCCUGAGCUGGAAAAGCUACUUGUGCCCGAUUCUUCAUGCUAUUACCGAAAUAUUCUCGAUACCAGCAUGAAGUCUGGACAGGCGAAGAACUUCCGUUUGACCUUGGAUGGCGAUGGACUUGAGACCAUUACAUGUGGUUAUUAUGGGACAAAGGGUGCCGGUAAAAUGUUGCAAGCUGUUAUCGACCGAUUCUCUUUGCGACUCCGUCGUUUGGCUACGUCGGAUCAUCUCGCCAAGACUGCUGGUGUGGCUGGCUACGCACAAUCUGUUCUUGUACCCGAAUUGGCGGUGCGACUAGUGAAGGAGGAUAUGGACGUCAGUGAUGAGGCUGCACGUCAGAUCCUGAGGGAGAGUAUUGAGAUUGGCGAGAGACUCAACCCGGCGCUGAAUGAUGCGGUGCCGAUUCCAGACGAUGUCGAGCUUUGA